AUGACUUCGACAUCUUCCGGGAUUCUCGAUGUCACUCUCGUCUCCGCCCAAGACCUACACUCGGUCUCCAAACACAUGAAGACCUACGCCGUCGUUUGGCUCCAACACGACGAAAGCAACAGGCAGGCCACGAAUGUAGACCAGACCGGCGGAAAAAACCCGGCAUGGAACCACAAGUUCACGUUCCUAGCCGAUGAAAAGUUCCUUAACUCCGAUGACGCCGCCAUUUCCGUCGAGGUUUGCGCGGCUGGAUGGGAUAAAGACGCUACGAUAGCAUACGUUAACGUCCCCUUGAAUGAUAUCCUCGAGUUACCGGCCACGGUGGCCUAUACCACCGGUACCGUUGCAGUUCAAUUGCGCCGUCCCAAGGGGAAGACGAAAGGGAUCCUCAACAUGGAAGUUUGCCUCAAGUUAAUACCGGAAGGCCAUAGCGGCAGCAUGGUGAACGGGGGCUCGCUUUGCAACUCCGACAUAGGACCGUCUGCGUCAGUCGUGGCGGCGGCGAUCGCGAACGGGUUGUAUAACCCACAAGCUGAUAAUCAAAUUGAAGAAGCAACGGAAAUAAAAGAAUGGACCAAGAAAGAGAAAGAAAAAGAAGAGGCAGAGAGGCGGGCGAUGAAAUGUCCAGCUGGGUCGAUCAUCGGCGCUUCGGACCAGAACAUGAAACCGAAGGGGAAGAAGGGUGAAGGUAAUAAGAAGUUGAUUAAGAUUUUGGGAUGUGAGAUUUCGAUCACUUACGCCGGCGGCGGCGGUGGUGAUAAGAAGAAAAAUAAGAAGAAGCAUGGAGGUGGUAGUAAUCUAAGUUUGUAA